UGAGGAGGAGGUGGCGUUCAUGGCCCCGCUGACCGGGCGUGAGCUUCCAAGAGGCUGCCACUUUAGACCUCUAGCUCCGGGGCAUAAAUAGGCCCAGCUCUGGCCAGCGAGCUCAGAGCCUCAGGAAGGAAGAUCAGCCGCCAGCACCAGCCCUCAACCUGCCCAGUCCAGCCUCUGAGGCCAACCGUUCGCCAUGGGUAACCCCGGCUCCCGCCCUGGCCUUGCUCCCCGCACCCGCCCCGGUUUCGCUUGCUGCUAUCUCCUGGCUCUCUUGGCUCUGGCCUCUGCCUGCUACAUCCAGAACUGCCCCAUCGGCGGGAAGCGCUCUGCGCUGGACAUGGACGUGCGUAAGUGCCUCCCCUGUGGUCCUGGGAGCAAAGGGCGCUGCUUCGGACCCAGCAUCUGCUGUGGCGAAGAGCUAGGCUGUUAUGUGGGCACUGCCGAGACCCUGAGGUGCCAGGAAGAGAGCUACCUGCCGUCCCCGUGCCAGUCUGGCCAGAAACCCUGCGGAAGCGGAGGGCGCUGUGCCGCCAGCGGGAUCUGCUGCAGCAGCGGUGAGAGGCUGGCCACUCCUGGGUCCCUGAUCACCCCUGUGAGAGGGCGAGGGGCUCAGCCUUCCUCCCCCAAAGCCCCUUUCAUGACUCAAACCCUCUUCUGGUCUGCCCUUUGCAUUCUCCCCAAGGUCAGGGACUGGGGAAGAUGGAGUUCAAGGCUGCCCUGAUCUGACUGAAAUAUCUGCCCUCUUUUGCAGAUGGUUGUGGACUAGAUCCUGCCUGUGACCAAGAAUCCACAUUCUCCUAGUCCUGGACAGAUCCAGACAGAUACAGCAGCUCAUUUCCCACCCCUUUCCCUCCAAUAAAGCUGAAUUUCUGUGGCA